CUAACAGAUGGAACCGGAAGUGUAGCUUGCGUAGAGCGCCCUGCCCUCAGUUGGCUACUGGAGGAGGAAGUAGGGUAGGGCUGGAGUUUGGAGUUACGUCUGUGAGAGUGUAGAGCGACAAUUGACAACUUAAGUGUUGUCGUCAUUGUGGCUUUAGGUCUAUGAAGUGAAAGGGUUAAGUAUUGUUUAGCGAAGACCAUGUGGUAACGUGGGGCCCGAUUACAGGAGAAGCUCAUAUACAGGGCGGCUAUUGAUGUUCUUUAGUGGUUUUCCUGAAAGUGUUGCCAAGGGAAGAAGAGAACGAAGUCACUGACAGGACGGCGUGAUGUGAAAGAAGCCGCAACUAAAGGAGGGGAUUAAGCGAGUUUCUUUGAGAGGCAGAGUCUCGGGUGAAGGUGGCUCUAUAAUUAGUGGGCCGUGUUAUUCCUGCUUGUCAUGCACUUCUCGUGGGACAGUGUGGGGAGCCUGCAGGUCGCGCUGGCCUGUGUACUGGUGCUGCUGGCGACUUGUCUCUUCCGUCUGGCAGAAAGGAGGCGUGGGCACAAGUGUAACAGCGACGAGCCAUGUCUGUCCGACCCACAGGCUGGUACUGAAGUGCAGCUGGGUGAGGAGAAGCCCUUGGCACAGAGUAUGGAUAUUAUCCUCAGCCAGCUGAAGCUCCUUGACCCUGACCAGCUAAGAGAAGAAAUAUUAAAUGCUGGUUUGAAGUGCGGACCAGUCACAUCCACAACAAGAUUUAUAUUUGAGAAGAAACUAGCACGCGUGUUACUGGAGCAACAGGGAGUGGGCUUAGAGGACACUUCAACUCUCUGUGAUGGUAAUGCCAGUGUGUCUGAUGGGAAUGCAGGAGCUGAUAACAAGCAGCAUACACUUUCCAUUCAGCAAAAAAACUGCUCGGAAGAUGGGGACUUUGGGUACAGUCUUGGACUAAAUCCACCUUCAGAAGAGACCACACUGGCAGAUAAAGGUUUCACAGAGAAUAAUGGAAGAUCAUUAGAUGAACACCAGACCUUCACCCCAACACCUAAGGAUCCAUCUCUGUUCUAUGCAGUUUGUCCUGUCUAUGAGGAGACCCUUAAUAAAAAUGAAAAAGUACACAUUUAUGCAGACAAGAAAGAAAUGCUUCAAGUGGUUAAGAUGUUAAAGGGUUCAAGAUUUAAUUCCUUUGUCUCCAGGGAGGAUGCUGAGAAGUUUGCAAGAGGCAUAUGUGAUUACUGCCCAUCACCUAGCAAGUCUUCUGUGGCCCUGUCCCCUGAAGAACUUUCACCAGCUCUAGUGAGAGAUGAAAUCAGCUCUCAGACUGAAAGCAUCAACAAAGAGAGGGCGAAUAAUUUCAAGAGUCCCAGGACACAAGAUCUAACCGCAAAGCUGAGGAAGGCUGUAGAAAAAGGAGAUCUAUCUACUUUUUCAGAUCUUAUUUGGACCAAUCCACGUUAUCUCAUAGGCUCUGGCGAUAACCCUACUGUAGUUCAGGAAGGGUGCAGGUACAAUGUCAUGCAUGUGGCUGCCAAGGAGAAUCAGGCUGGUAUCUGCCAGCUCCUCUUGGAAACCUUGGAAAAUCCAGAAUUCAUGCGGCUCAUGUACCCUGAUGAUGAUGACCUCAUGCUACAUAAACGGAUCCAAUAUAUUGUAGAUCUGUAUCUGAACACUCCAGACAAGAUGGGUUUUGACACUCCUUUGCACUUUGCUUGCAAGUUUGGGAAUGCUGAUGUUGUGAGAGUGUUAUGCUCACAUCCCAACAUUUUAAAAAAUCCUCGAAACAAGUAUGAACAGACACCAGAGGAGGUUGUCUGUCAAAGAAGCAAAAAUAAAUCUGCAGAUCUUAAGAAUCGGAUGAAAGAGUAUUUGAAAGGUCUUUUUUAUGUGCCACUACUACGGGAUGAGGACAACUCUUCAUUUCCAGUUAUAGGAGCUCCUUGGUCUCACGAGAAGCCUGACCUAUUCCAGACCAGAUUCUCUGGCAGUCCCAAAGAUCCACUGUUAACUGUGAGAGCAUUUGCCGGCCCUAUGAGUCCUUCUAAGGCAGAGGAUUUCAGAAGAGUUUGGAAAACCCCACCACGGGAGAAAGCUGAAUUUUAUCACAAAAUCAGAAAAACAGACCCAGAAAGAGGAGCAGAGAGAGUGGGGAGAGUGCUCGCUCAUGAGCUGGAUGUGCCUUGGGUGGAAUACUGGGAUUUCCUUGGCUGCUUUGUUGACCUCUCUUCCCUGGAGGGUCUGAGGAAGCUGGAGGAGUAUCUGAGCAAGAGAGAAACAAGUGAGAGAGCACAGCUGGAAUCAGACUAUGAGAUGUGUAACAAGUUUAAGACUCCUUCAGAAAGGCGCAAAAAAAUGUGCAAUUCCAUAUCUGUUGGAGCCUUUCUGGAUGAUGAGGAUGAUGCGAGUUUGGAAGAACUCAGAAACCGUCAGAACUCAGCGCUAAAACACAGUAACUCUCAAUCAGAGACAGUCACAGAGUGUAUUAUGGACCCCACCAGUGCAGUUCAUAGCAGUGACCAGCAGAAUGGUAUUAAACCAGGAUUCUGUAGUCCAUUAAGCAAUGAUCUGGAUCUUCCUGAGAAAAGUAGGCAUAAAGGUGUAACGGAAGGAAUGAUAUCACCAGUCUCUAACCUUAUGGCUGAUUUUGACAAACUGGCAGUUGACAAUGAAACAUGGAACAUAAAGUCUGUGUCCUCAAAUGAUGAAAAUGUAAUUAUAACUAGUCAAAGCCAAAUGGCUAAAGAAACUGAGCACAAUUUACAUGCUGGUUCAUCUACAAGGACAGAUGGUUCAGUAUUAUCACAGCUGAUGCCAGAGCUCAGUCUGCAGGAUAAACAUUCUCCUCCCAGAAACCGCAUUGGUCUCUCACCCCUACGUGCCUCGUCACAGUCUUCCAUUCAUCUGGGUAUGAAAACUCCACCCAGAAACCAAUGUAACAGGAGAAUCUUCCUGCUGGGAGACGAACCUUCCAAACUAGACAGUGAUGUUCUGUCAGCAGUGGAAAAUGUUGAAAUCGAUGGACACCAGUACCCCAGUAUUUCUAAAUGGAAGCAAGUUGUGUUGUCAUAUCCCAAUACAGCUCGCCAGAGUUGGCCAAGUCCAGCACGUCUGUCAGGUAGAAGUAAAUCCCAGAUGUUCUGUUCCAGUUCUCCUGGAAGCCAUGUUUAUUCUACUCCUGGACAAUACAGUCCCAUUCUUGGAAGCCCUGGGAAAUACAUGAACACUUGUGAUGAUGGCAGCCCAGGGAGAUACAGCCCUGCCUAUGCCAGUCAUUUCCAACGUCUUCAAGUCCCACACUGGGCUCAAGCUCCACCACAUGUGAUGUUAUCGGAGAGAAGAGCCGAAACAGAGGAAGUGUCUUGUGAAGACUCUCUUUAAAGUUUGAUGAUUUGAUGUUUUGUUCCUAAAAUAAGAAGCAGAUCAAGGGGUCUGAUACAUUUAUUCUUCAUCACUGCAGGCAUCUUUAUUGUAGGGAUGCACCGAAUCCAAAAUUUUGGAUUCGGCUGAACCCCUGAAUCGACCGCAUACCGAAUCCUAAUUUUCAUAUGC